AAUAAAUACCCUUGUCUCAAGGAACCCGGCUCCUUUGCAGGUUACUAUGGCUGGCAGCAAAGCCUGAAAUACAAGAUGUCAAAUUAUCGCCCCAAACUCCGAGGCUACGGUGUUCCUGAGGUGUUAUGCAAUGUACUGAAAGGCAAGACCCCUGCGGACCAGAAGUCUGCAAAGAAUGUAAAAUAGCCUCGAAAGGCAGAGGUAAACUUCCUUCCUCCUUACCCGGCCGGAGAGGAUGAAAAAAGUCAAGAACAAGAGAUGAUUCAGUUGCUUACUGAAGUAAAGAAAAAGGACAACAACGCAUUGAUAAAAGAAAAAAUGGCCAAAACAUUUGUACACAGACAAAACAAAAUCAUCAACCAGUCACCCAGCAUGGAGGACAUCAAAGCCAGAUGGCCCGCUCUAUUUGAGACACCUCACAUCCAGGAUGACUUUCACAGAAUCACAAUGGUGCAUCUUGAAUCGAAGUUCAUGUCCAAGUUGGAUGAAUAUACUCCUCGGCUUCUGAACCUCUUCCACUCCAAGGGCAGAAGCAUGGGGUUGAGGUUGCAGGCUAUCCUACUCAAGACUCCAAGCAAUCCUAACAUCAACAUGACCAGAGAUGUUGUCAUUCGAUGUUUGAUGGUGUACCUUGGGGAAUCUACAGAUCAACUCUUAAAAGAGUAUGAUGAUGCUGAUGAAGACAGUGUGUCGCAGGACCUUGCUGUUCAAAGCUUGAAGAUCUACAAUAUCAAAGCUAAUACGUCAGAGGAUCCAGAUGACAUCUGUAUCGUGGUGGAGGGCGUGAAAGUUCUGACUGCUCUGGGUAACUUUCCAAGGGCUUGCUCCCUGCUCUUUGGGUUGAUGUAUGCUGUGAAUCUUGCCUAUCCAAAGGAGCUCAGGUACUCGUUUGAAGUGUUUCAGAAACUUCUCCUCGAGCUGGAUAGUUCAAAACUCUCCCCAAAAGUGAACAGCCUCAGGACUAAGCUACUGGCUUAAGAAAUGGGACCCUUGCUAAUCAAAAGGGAAUUGACAAGUCACUGUCAAAACUGACACACAAGACUUUGUGAAAUGCUUGCGUUUCAGUGAAGUUAGUUAACAUUAAGGCAAUAUCAGUCAAAUUUGGAUUUCUGCAUGUGUAUUUUUUUUUUUCUUGCAGUACAUUACAAGUGUUAAUAUGUUGAAUUUUUCUGUUAUUGCACUACAAUGUUGUUAAAUGCUUCCAUGCCAUUGGAUGGAACCACCCAUUCAAGAACCACCCUUUCUAAGGACAGACCCAUUUGUUACAUUGCUUUGCAUCUGUUCAGGUUGAGGUACAUACCUGUCUGUCACAUGACCCUUGUGUAGCUGUGACAUUUUGUGGACGGUCCAUGCAGGCUUCACCACUGAAGGGUGAUGAUCUCCAGGCUGCACAACUUUGGUGUGUUGUAAUAUAUCAUUUGCACUAUAUAUAUAAUCUGUUUUUUGUUGAGUUCUGUCUUUCAACUUACUGUUAGAAUAGGAAAAUAAGUGUCACAGAGUCAAGGUCCCCAAUACAGUGACAUGAUGUAGCAUAAAAAUACAACAAAAGAAAAUAUAAGUGUUCAUGCCACAUGGGUCUCUCCCAUCUCUCACAUUUUGUCAUGUAGAAUGGCUGAGGUGUUUUCCCCAGUUAACCUUUACAUUCAUACCUGUUCUGUCCUCUUUAUGCCCUUUAAACAUAAAGUGUACUUUUAUAUGAUUGAUAGAAAAUUGUUGAAGCAGGCUUAACUGAGUCCCAGUUAAUUGUUGUUCAUGUGAUGGUUCUAAAAAAUCAUAUUAACCAUACUUUGAGCGGAGUGGCAUCAUGUUUUUGACUUGAUACUGAUAUAUAUAUAG